CAUUCGUUUUACAACAAAUUUAAAAAUUGUUUGCAAAGUAAAAUCAUAUUUUUUGUGCGGGUUAAUUUCAAGUUUGGUCACUGGGUUUACAAAAAACAUUCAUGUUUGAUCACUAAAAAAUAAUAUUUAAUAUUUUAAAAAUUUCAUCUCAUCAUUAAAAAAUAAAAACCAAAUAAAAACUCUUUUUAAUGCCCAACCCCCCACCACAAUGCUCCGACCUUCCUUUCAUCCACUCCCACCACGCUCUGACAUUUUCCCACCGAUUCCCCGUGCAGAACCCAUUGAUGCCGCCGUUCUCACCUCCCGCACUCGCUCUUGCUCCUCCUCCAACGCCACUCAGUCCCAAACUCCCCGACAGCGAUGGACAUUCACCACCUGUAUCGGUGCAUCCUCCUCCGACGACAACUACACGGGAGGCACCUUGUCCUCCUGUCCGUCAUCUGCCGCAACAACCACACCGGCGUUGUCAGGCUGCUUGGCGUAUCCAUCUCAUGGGACUACAUUUACCUAGUCUAUGAGUUCGUCAAGGGAGCAAACCUCAUCAAUUGCUUGAGGAAUCCCGACUUCACAGUCUCGACCUGGAUUUCCAGAAUCCGGAUCGGAUGGACCUCGCCCACGCGUUGGAUUACGUCCACACCAAAACCGGCCUGACAUGACUUUUAUCCACAAUCACUUCACGAGAAGACGCAUCAACGUCACAGAUCCUUCCUUGACCUUGAAAAUCUGCCACAUCGGUGUUGUGCAGAGGACGUCGACGGUGGUGUCAGAAUCGAAGAGAGGGAGAGAGAUGUAAGAGAUUAGUUUUUUAAUUUUUAAUUUUUUAACAAUUAUAAUAAUGAAGUGGAAAAUGUGACAGAUUAAAUUUUUAUGUUUUAGAUGACACGUCACGGUCAACUCUGAAAGUUGACCGCCACGUAGGAUAAAGAUAACGGAAUUGG